AUGCACCGCCAAUUUGCUCGUUUAGAACAGAUCGACGAGACCUUCUUCUCGGUGCGCUUCAAGCACGGUGCGCACACCAUCUUGAUGUUUGUCGAUGGCCAACAGAAAUUCUCCGAAAUAACCACGUCUCUGCUCGAGGUGCUCCGUGAUCGCUUUCCCGACGGCCUCACAAUCAACCACACCUCCCCCGAGACCACCGCCGUUCCCGAAGGCGACGUACAACUGGCGUUUGCCCUACCUGUCAAUGCUGCCGAUUUGACGCAAGGAUGGAAGAACAUCAAGGUUUCGGAUAACGAUACUCCAGUUGCAAAGGGUUUCAAGGACAAUUGCAUUGUGGCAUUCUCAUUCGACAUGGAUGAGCCCGAGUUCUUGGUCGAUAUUCCAACUCUGGAUGAGGAAAUGGAGGAUGAAGAGGGCAUGGGAUCUGAUGCAUGA